GACGAAAGACUCAAAGACUGUCUGACUGAAAGAGUGGUGAGAAUCGAAGAAUGAGAAAUGGAUUCAUCAGAAGAAUGGGAAGAAGAGGAGCAGUGUUUGUUGGUCGAACUUCAUGGGAUUCUAGAACCAGAUUUUCUCCAGAAAGCAGAAGGCAAAUGCAAAGUUCUAGGAAUAGGAACAGAGACACCCCAUCUGCAACUGGAUGACUACACAUUUUCUGGAAAAUAUGUACCACCCAUGGGAUCCUAUCUAAUUCUUGAGGAAAAAAAGCCUGAAGAUGGAAAUAAUGCAGAAGAUUCAAAAAAUCAUGUGGGACUAGAAUUUGUAUCAUGCCUAGAUAGAAAAUUAGAUAUGCACAGAACCUUCAUCUCACCAAAAAUAAAAGAGAGCUCCACAAAUGCUGAGAAAUCAGAAACUUCUAACGCUAGUACAAGUCAACAAGAUCUUCCAGAUAAGAACAGUUGUGAUGGUCCAGCCAGUGUAAAUGAUUGCAAUAAACCUGCUGCCAUGGAGACAUGUUCAGAGGUCACAUAAGUACAUACAGGUCAUGGAAGGUCAUUUUAAUGAUGAAGAGGUGUGCAGCAUGAUACAUAUGGAAAACCAAGGUUAAACUAAAACUGUUUCAGAUGGGCAGAGUAGACAGUGAUAGAACUACAUACAACUUAUAUCUUGUCCUUAGAGUGUCUAUUUUGGCUAAUUAAUGGUCAGUACAAGCUGUGUUAGGUUUGUGCAAAACACUGUGGAAUAUUGUGCAGAAUAACAAAUGGUGACUUUUACUUAAGACUCCCUCUGAGGGAAAAUUUACUUAUGCUUGUGAUGAUCUAAAGUAAAACAAAAUAAUAUUUUCUUUUCAACCAUUAUACACAUGAUUUUGAUGGAUUUGUGAUGUUACUGACAUAAAACAUGCACCUUUAUAAAUAUUUGUAUCUGCAGAUUUAUUACCUGCAGUGUACAGCAUUCUGUUACAUAUUUAAAUUUUAGUAUUUUGAUGUUCUAGAAAUAUUUCUUUAAGAUACUACUACAUAAAUAUUGUUGUAAAUUAAGUACUACAUGUAUGUUAAGGAGAAUUAUCUACUCUCCAGUACUUGAUAGACCAAAGGAAAGGGAGCAUGUCAAGUCAACAUUUAAUUGCUAUUCCUAAAUAACAUUAUUUACAAGUCCCUGUCAGUGUCACAUGGUGGUGUAAAUAAACAUCAAAAUACCACUAUGUAGACAUAGAUAAUCCUUGUAAAGUAAAGAUUUCCUACUACAAUGUAUGAGAUUCAAGUGGACUGUGCCUUAAAGUUGGAAGAAGUGAAUGACAGUAUUAUGAGUAUCAAUUACAUGUACAUUAUUUAUAUAUAACACUUUCCUCAAAUUAAUUUUAUGGCAGUAAAUUCCUUAACAGAAUCAUACCAAUAUAUUUCAUUAACAUAAUAGGAAUCGAAAAAUAUGCUUUGACUACCCACAAUUGUAACCUCAAAAUUUUUCUUCAUGUCUGUAAAUCUAAUUAAUGAUCUCUGAGAGAUUGUGUUUCUAAGAACUUUUUUGACUUUUUUAAAUGCCCACAAAAAGGCAACAAGGUGUUUCCUAUCUGAUGCUUAAAUUAGUUCGGGAACAUGUCUCAUGAAUGAGUAUUAGAAAUAAAAUGAUACAAAAGUUUGUUGUAA